AGAAUAUAAUGUCAUCUAAACUAGAAGACUUCAAAAUUUUAUCUCGCUUAGGAGAGGGUGCUUACAGUAGCGUCUACAAGGUCAGAAGGAUUUCAGACAACCAGACAUUUGCUCUGAAGAAAGUCCGCAUGCUGAAUUUGUCUGAAAAGGAGAAACAGAAUGCUCUAAAUGAGGUUAGAAUACUUGCUUCCAUUAAUGACAAGAAUAUUAUCUCCUUCAAGGAAGCAUUUAACGAUGAUACCUCUCAAGCUCUGUGCAUAAUCAUGGAAUAUGCAGAUGAUGGCGAUGUAUUCACAAAGAUAGUCCAACACCAAAAGGAGGAGACUAAGUUUGAUGAAGAUUUCAUCUGGAGAAUAUUUAUUUCAGUUGUUCGAGGCCUCAAGGCCCUUCACGAUCUGAAGAUAAUGCACAGAGAUCUCAAAAGUGCCAACGUGUUUUUGAAUAAAGAUGGAAGCGGAAAACUAGGAGACUUUAAUGUUAGCAAAGUCGUAGAGAAAGGACUUAGUUAUACUCAGACAGGUACACCAUAUUAUGCAUCUCCAGAAGUUUGGAGAGACGAACCCUAUGAUGCUAAGAGUGACAUAUGGUCUCUAGGUUGUGUUCUCUACGAGAUGAUCACCUUAAAGCCUCCCUUCAGAUCAGACAAUAUGCAAGGUCUUUACAAGAAAGUUAUUAAAGGACAGUAUCCCAAGAUCUCUGAUAAAUAUUCAGUCGAUCUUCAAACAAUAGUGAGGAUUUUACUACAAGUCUCACCGAAGAAAAGACCAACUUGAUCAGAAAUUUUAAACCAUGCAAUUGUUAAAAAGAAGAUAAAGGAGAUUUUUCCAGAUGAUGAGUCAAGCGACAGCGACGAAGAGCAUAAAAAUAUUCUGUUAAAGACUAUAUACGUCAUUGAUAAGCUACCAAAUCCAAUGAGCAUAGGUUUUGAUAGAGGUGCUUUCACUGAACGUCAAAGUAUUGACAACAGAAGUGAUAAAUCAAUACUCCUUCCUAGUAUCUCUAAAUCCCCAGCAAAGAAAAAUCUACAUAGAUCAAAGCCCAAGAAGAGGUCUGGUUAUAAUAAGGAAGAAAGCAAAAUAGCAAAGAGCUACUUGAAGAGGGAGGUGAAACCCAAAGAUUACAUUUCAAGAGUUGCGCAAAAAGCUAUUGAAACUGAUGAUACCAAGAUCAGUAAGAAUCCUAAGAAAUCUGUUCGCAAUCCUAAUAAAGAAUCGGAAAAGCGUCUAAUGCAGAAAGACCUCCAUGAGUCUCCAGUGAAGGAGGACAAGUCUCUGGAAGAAAAUAAAUCUCACAAAGGCGAUAUGAAUAUUGAUAAAGAGUAUGAAGAGCUUAAGAAGAUCCUAAACGCUGGUCCUAAAAAGGAAGAUGACACUCCUGAAAAACGGUUAUAUAUGGUCAAGAAAGUUAAUUCAAGGGAAGACUCUGGAAACCAAAAGGAGAGUAUAGCUAGUAUUAAAGGGGGUAGUAGAAACAUCUUACUUGACCGUAACAUUCCAAGCACAAGGUCUAACCAAGUCGUAAAAACCAACAAUCCUAAAGGGAACAAUCAUGUUGGUGAUGGAAUUUUAUACAAAGUAAAAGGUCAGAACAGAUAUAGAGCAAACAUAAUCACUAAGCCGAAGAAGAUAGCUCUGAAUGAGAAGUACAAUAAGUUAGAGAUGGGCAUCGUUGGCUCCCCUAUCAUUAGUACAAAUUCUAGAAUUAAAGCUCUCAGAAAAGAGUCUAAAAGGAGAGAUGGAAAAGUAACUUCUCUUGAUACUCGCUUACCAAGGAUUUCUGAUGAUAGCUAUAAGGAACUUGAGCAAAAGCCUAUUGUUUCAUCCAGUGUCAACCUUAAGCUACCAACUUUGAAGAAUAGUAACAAGAAAAUUGCAGGAAUAUAUGGAGGAGACUCAAAGAGUAUUUAUAAGUCAAACUUACAAUACAAAUGCAAUCCUGGCUCCAAAUACAGAUAUUACAGCAAAGACAGAGGAGCCUCUUCAAAGAGGUAUCUUUCCAAGAUCGAGCAUUCUCAAAGCGUUAACGUUACUAAACUCCCCAAGAAAAAGCCAUAUAUUAUUAACAGAAUCAAUUAAAUUC